AUGGCGGCCAACUACUGGAACUCGUCGCAGCACCGGUUCUGGACUUUUUCCAAGCAAGAACUGGCCGUCACCCGGCGCAGCCUCGAAGAUGAGAACAAGGAGCUGGUGCAGAAAUACCCCCUGCCAGACCGACGUCUUCUGAGUAUUUAUUUCUUAUCUCAGCUCAACAAGUUGCAACGACGGAUGAAGUUGGCGCAACAAGCAAUAGCAACUGCUCAAGUCUACGUUCGGAGAGUCUACACCAAGGUAGAAAUUCGAAGGACGAACCCCAACCUCGUCUUAGUAACUGCCCUCUACCUGGCAUGCAAGACCGAGGAAAGCCCGCAGCACAUCCGGGUGAUCCUGGGCGAAGCCAAGAAUGCAUGGCAAGAUACCUUUCUCCCGGACACUUCGAAGCUCGGAGAAUGCGAGUUCGGCUUGAUCUCCGAGAUGAACUCGCAGCUCAUCCUCCAUCACCCCUACCGCAGCUUGUCUGAUCUCCAGAGUAGCUUCAAGCUGACGCACGAGGAGCUUUCUCAAGCGGAGUACAUCAUCAACGACCAUUAUCUAACAGACCUCCCCCUCCUUCACCCACCACACGUGAUCGCCAUCACUGCCAUGGUUCUGGCUGUAACUCUAGGCCCCAACCAGGCGGGUCUGUUGAUGCUUGCGGCCAACAUGCAAAGCGCCAUGGCCAACCUGUCCAACCCUCAAGCGGGCACUACUGGCGGAAAUCCCAUCAGGAUGCAGCACAUGAUGAACUGGCUUGCAGAAAUCAAUGUGGAUCUAGAGGCAGUCGCGGACUGUACUCAAGAAAUGAUUUCGCUGUACGAAGUCUGGGAAAACUACAACGAGAAGUCCUGUAAGGAUCAAAUCACGAGAUUUAUCAAAGCGCGGGGCCUGGAGAAAUAA